AUCAAAGCGCCUUUAGUUACAAUAAAACACUUAACAUAGAAACAAAAUGGCCGUUAAAUGAACAUAACAUUUAUUUACAUAAAAGCGUUUAAACACAUAUGUUAUAGUUAUUUUUCUAAUAAAAAAUUGAAGUAAAUGGCUAACUUUUUUUAAAAAGGAUGGAUAAUUCAAUAUAUAUUACAAUAUUAUUUGGAAUAUUGCUGCAUGUAACAGUAGAUGGAUGCCUUCUGCCUUUAAGCAGUGGAACCUGGAUAUCAAGCACACGCGGUACAUGGACAGUGUCGGAUAAUGGAACACACUCAACCAUAACAAACUUCGAGGCUGACCUAACCGGGGCAUCAACCACAGCCACGCUUGAAUGUAAAAGUAGUUCAGGAACACAAUAUAUCCUUGGAACAAGUUUUGAGAUUUUCUUUACUGUAUUUAUUGAUGUGUAUAUAUGUAUUGACAUACGUACCACGUCUGUGUCUCCUAACAGUUACGUCUACUAUAUUGUCACACCAACUGAUACUAGUACGGGUGAGCAGUUUAUAAGUGAUAUAGGUAGUGCAUGUACAAAUUCCAACUUCGAAACGGCUGUCAAUACACACGUCAUACUCAAAAGUGGUUCGGAGACAUCUGCUGCAGUUAACUACCCCGAUGCUAUACUCGGCAACUACACUGUUGAUUAUUACGACAUUGACGGCAACUCCAUAACGGGAUCAGACAUGGACUCGUGCAACGACACUACCCUUAUGGAAUUCAAUAACGCGGACUCGAACACAAAACUAGCUUUCACAAGUGGUAAUGUUCUACAGGCCGUACAUUCUGUGACGUCAGGAUCAAGUGUUUACGUACACACAUACAACCGCGACACAAGUGUUACAAAUCCCACAACCUACAGCAUUGCUUGCUGGGUGAUAGUUAAUUCUGGUAGUCAAGUGACAGCAACUGUUUACCCCGAAAUGUGCAUUCAAGGUCAAACUUCAACUUCCGUUGCUUACGGAGGACAAAAGUUUGUUUUUACCCCUCGUUACUGGCAUCCAAUCUGA